UACCGGUACUAGCUAGCUCCAAUGGCUUCUCCAACGUUAUUCAGUCGUUACUAUGAUGUCAUCAUAGGUCAUUCUCGCUGGGAUUUGCCCCACCCAAGGAUCUUCAAUCUUUCUCAAUCCUUCUGCCUCCACCAAGCGAAUGCUUGCUUGUGGGCUUGUGGGCACACUGCUGCUCUAUUGCAUACUGGCAGGGACAGUUCGGCGACGACCGAGGUCACUGACUUUGUCCUUUAUUCAGGAUUGUUCCAUUGAAAUAUUAGUAUAUAGCAGCAACCAAUGGAUGCGGCAAAAGGAGUAACGAACGGCGUCAAGGGCGCCUUCAAGUCGGAUGCCAGGAAGGAAUCCAACAAGAAGUUCCAUGAGUUGGAUAAAGACAAAAGCGGGACAGCAUGCAAAGAUGAGAUUGCCGAGUUUGUUGCUUCCAACCACAAUUUAUGGGCCAUGUUAAGUGUUACCCUGGACCGAAGCGAAGAGUCUUGUCAAGACGCCGCAACCCGAGUCGCAAUGGAGCUAGCCAGUGGUCUCAAGGGCGAUGAAGCCCUCAAGGCAGAGUUGACCAAAGAACAAUUUCAUAAAUUCCGCAAACACUACAUGCUGGAUCCGGAGGGAUCACAAGAGUUCUUUCAAAGGGCCGUAUUCGCCAGCUUUGAUUUGGACAACAAUUCGCUAUUGGACGAGGAUGAGCUGGACCAACUCCUGGAUACCUUUUACAAAUCUGGCAGCAUCUUCAAGGGCGAUGUGCGGCUACCAGAAAAGGAGGCGCUCAAAGAGAGGAUUUUGCAAAAGCUCGACACCAAUCACGACAAACGACUUUCCUUUGCGCGCAUUCGAGGAAUCAUUAGUGGAACGGCCAUUCCCGACUUUGAGUAAGGCAUUGGAUUGACUUGACUUGACUUGACUCUUUUGGCUUCCGCGUAAUAUGCUUCUGCGCAGUCAACGGUACCAAAUAUUCAUCUGCCUUCACGCCGUGCUCUACAAUGGUACGCAUCUGAGAAGAAGCAUGAAGCUACUACACCUAUAUUAGUUUGAAACGUUUUCAUUCAGAAAUAAAUUCUACAGGAUCUUGACUUGGAUGUUUCUUUCGAUAUUUUGCUUGUUGUAACCCCGAUGGAUUCAUUAUCUGUGUUGGUGCCACCUUUCGAUACAGUCCAGUGCGGUACCGUACCGUACGAGCUUUCACGUCUCCUACAAAGCAAUAGUGUCCUAUACAAGGUUCCCACGGAGGCUGCCAAGCCGGUUACUGACCAAAUCAAGGUGGCCGGGCACCUCUAGGGUAUCGCUGACCCGCUUGUCAUUUCAUUUCGAUUCUUUGCCCACGCUGUGGUACCUAGCUAGCGCAAGACACCAGGAACCCUGUCACACAGCGUCGAAUCCAAGCCAGUGGACUUGAGCAGCAAGACGUCUACCGCGUAGAUCUGGCAAAUGUCGGCAAUCAUUUCAUCUGUCAAGAUGGAAGCAUAUAGAUAGUAGCCAUGGG